ACAACAAAAUAUUAACAUUGUAUUUUAGAGGCUUCACGACGAUGGAGCUCAAGUAUUAUUAUAUUUUAACUGUAGUGAGUUUAGUGAGUGGGACUCCUCAUGGAUACGGAACUAAAGGGGGAGCAUCAGCGAAAGCUGAGUCAGGGGCCGUAGCUGGAGCGAUUGGUGGCAUAACCGGACUACCACUCUCUGUACCCCCGGGUGGUGGCUUCUCUGGUAGUUUCUCAAAAUCAUCUUCAUCUAGUUUCUCAUCAUCUAGCGCUAGUUCUAGCUCGAGUUCAAGUUCUUUUAGUUUUUCUGGAACUGGGCAGGCUAAUGGAUGCGGAUCAGGAAGCUGCAAACAAAAUGGCAUUAAUACCGAUCUUGGCAACCAUGGACCUGGAAUCGUUGGAACCGGGCACACAUAUAACUCAGCUGCGAACUCUGCCGGAUUAUCCCACACUGAUGCUUUAAGCGCUUCUGUAAGUCACAGUGGCCCAGAAAACAAAUUACCUUGCCAUGGAAACGGCUGUGGGAGCAUCGGAACUGGUCAAUCAUACAGUGGUAACAACGUACCAGGGUCAUCCUACGAUGGAUUCGUAAGUGGCCCACAAACCUUUACAAAUGUGGAAAAUAAAAUUCCGUGUUCUGGAAACGGCUGUGGAACCACUGGAGCUGGUUCAUCAUAUGGGAGUGCUACUGCUUCAGGGUCAUCGCACUCUGACAACUUAAGUGGUACACAUAGUCUUAGUGAUUCUGGAAACAAUACUCCGUGCUCUGGAAGUAAUUGCAAAGUCAACGGUAUCGAAUCAUCAUACGACGACAACAACGCAGCAGUAUCAUCUCACCCUUCUAUCCCAAGUGGCUCGCACACGCACCAUAAUGGGGGAAAUAAACUUCCAUGCUCUGGAAAGGAUUGCUUUAGUGUAAACACUCCAUGUGAAGGUCUCAGCUGUAGUGGCAGUACCGUUGAUACAAAAUGUCAAUUUGGUAAAUGUUCACAAAGCACAUCAGACAAUUUGAAUAUUGAAAAACAUUGCGGCUCUGGGCAGUGUAAUUCAACUCCCGAAAAAGUUUUGACAAAUGUGGAAAACUGUAAGUCAGGCCAGUGUGCAACUAAUUACGAACAAACGAAAGCACCCAACUCUUAUGAUAUACCUGUUAAAUCAAAACCGAACCAAAGUUUAUCGAAUUCGAAUUUUGAUAAAACAUCUUCACCAUCUCUUUAUCACCAUGGAUCUACUGAAACUGGUAGUGGCAUCAAUUGUGACUAUGGAAGUUGUAAGCACUCUCAUAUCGAUCACAAUUCCAAACCACUUGAAACGACUGGCACCUUAAAUUUGAACCAAGGUUUUCAUGAUACAAAAUGCGAUACGCCGAACUGUCAAACAUACAAUUACGACUCCAGUGCAUCACCUGGUGAUAGUUUUGCUCCGGGGGUCCAUAAACCUGGAAUUUAUUUGACGACUCCAAAUAUCGGCUCUGCUUGUUCGACUCCGAAUUGUAAUCCGGCACAAAAUACUGUUACCGCAAGUAAACCAUCUAGUUAUAAUGUGCCUAUUCAAUCUGUUUUCAACAAACCAACAAAUGACAAAUCACCAUUCGACAACAGUAACUUAUCACUGGAUGGUAUUUCAUCAAGUUGUGCUUCUGGGAAAUGCACCGGACAUAACAAACCAACCAACGUAGAUGUUACCCUCAUCAAAUACCCAACAGCUAUACAAGACUCUCCAACACAUUAUCCUACUGGUACUGUUGCUUGUAAUACCCCAAAUUGCGCCAAAGAAGCUGAAGCAACGCAAAUAGAUAACAAACCUGUAUUCGAACACGGAGUUUCUAUAACUCCUUGUAAAACAGCAAAUUGUGGAUCUAGUACAAGUGGUCCAAAUUAUGCAUCUCAUAUUGGUGCCGCUUUAUCUCCACCAAACUACGCCAAUCUACCACCUACUUUACCACCAUAUCAAUCAAAUGGCGCAACAUUUGCCACAGUUCCUAAACAUCCAGGAACUCCACAAUAUUUUUUGUCUCACGAAACUCCUCCUUCAACAGUACUUCUUACUCCGACUUGCACUACACGAGAUUGUGCUGGAAACGCUGUUUUAAAACCUGGAUUUGCCCCACCAAUACAACCUACAAUACCCUAUCAACAAACAAAUAUCGUACCAUCUACGCCAUUUUACAAUACUCAUACUGAUAAUUUAUCCAAUUGCAAUACGCCGAAUUGUGCCUCUUCCUCUGCUAAUCAUGCCAAACUUCCAAAUUAUAGCGGAGGAUUUGGAAGUACAACAACAAGCUUUUUGAAACCAAAUGAUUAUAGCCUAUCUCAUUCAAAUGUCGGUGCGUCUUCUAAUGCUGGCGUUUCAACUGGUAUUAACACAAAACCUAAUGCAGUUCAAAAACCAAAUGCAGAUUCAUCAACAGAUCAAAAUCAACCCACCUAUUCUGGUGGUUUUGGUGGACCAUCAGGCUUACUUACACCAAAUGCUGUCGGUACCCAACAAGUUGUACACAAUCAAGUAAAACCUACUCACAGUGGGAAUCCAAGUCUUCCUUCUUAUUCUGGCAGCUUUGGAAUAUCUACAGGAGCUGUCAAACCCCAUGACUCCCAUCCUGUGAACUUUGGAACUUUGUCAGACUCCAAUAGAUUGCCAACCAAUAAUGUACUUGGAACUAAUAUUCAAGUUGGAGCUGGGACUACUUCACAUAUUGAUCAUAAGCCUGCUUCCACUGACAAAGAGCUCCCACAGUAUAAUGGAGGAUUCGGUGGACCAUCCGGCCUGUUAAAGCCAAACGAAUUUAAAGUACCAAUUAAAAACAUAAUUGUUAGUAAACCUGUAACAUCACAACAAACUCCCAGUAGCUGUUCUUCAGGAAAUUGUGACAACCAUGCAACUGCUGCUGCAAGCGGUGCUACAGCACAAGCUGAAGCUGUGGCUUAUGCAGGAGGUUUCGGAGGACCACCAGGCGUUCUUCAGCCUCACGAUCAUGGAAAGCUCGAACAUUCUGGCUUAGGAACAAAUCAUGCAUUAGGAAGUCAAUUUGCUACAAGUCAAGGCAGUGAUAAAGCUUUAGGUAGCGGCACUACAAGCGGUGUCGGAUCUUCUACAGAUUUUCAAGCUGGUUUUGGUAAAUCAAACGGAGAAAUAGGGAAUCCCAAAGCAGGAAUUAUAUCUACGGCAACUGCCCAUGCUGCUGCUGUCGCCUCAGCUACAGCGUCUGCUGGAUUUGAUGGAAAUUACAACGGGAAAACUGGGAUUCAUGGUCACGAAGAUAAACCUUCUGGAGGUUGUGGAGGCGGCUGCGAUUCUAAUGGAGGUUCCCACGAUAGUAGUUCAAACCUUGGACAUGCUGGCGGACUAGCUUACUCGAAAUCUGGCCACUUAAAUGGUUGGAAUGGUGGGCAGAAUGUUGCUGCGGGUGCUUCAGCAAAAAGUGUUGCAGGUGCAAUAAGUGACGCGCGAGCCUUUGGAUAUGGCGGCUCAGCGCAUGCAACUGCUUCAGCUCACGCGUCUGCUGGUUUUCCCACAAAAGGAGGUUACGGAGGCUAGGACAGCUUCGAAAAAGAAUAUGAAGUUGCCUGCAUAAGAUUGCAAUCAUUAGAAAAUACAAGACUUGAUUGAAUUAAGACAUUGUGAUAUUUCGUGUGAAUGAACAUAAGUUAAUAGUCAUUUUCUAAAAUAAAGUAUGAAAAUAAAAAAGGUUUUCAAUAUAAAAAAAAGUUA